CGGCAAUAUGGAGUAUAGUAAUCUUCUUUCUUUGCUAGUCCGUUCCCCCUGUCGUUACCAUCUCCACUUUAUUUUUUGGACCACCUUGAACUUUACUUUCACUUUCUCCUUCCCCUUCUUCUACUUUUUUUGGGCUUGUUGUCUACUCUUCUCUCAUCCAUUUUCUUCUUCUCGAUACAUAUACUUCCCCUCUGCAGCAAUUGUUUAGGAAAAGGUCCUUUCUUUCGACAACGCCAUACUUGAUAGGGCUCUGUCCUUGCCAUCUUGCGAUUUAUAGUCUUCUCGUUAUUCGGCUCAUUAGACUCGUUCUGUCCACCACCAUAUAUCAAGUCGCGUUCACUCAGUCGACAGAUUAGCGAUAUUCUUUCCAUGAUCUCAAUUCCAAUUCUUUCGCGUGCCUCGAAUUAGUCGCUUUGACACCGUCAUGUCAUGGACGACAAACCCAUUCAGCCAGCGGACGAUGAACUGGCCCCGGACGAGAACCAGACAGAGCACGCAUAUCCAAAUUCAGACCCCGAGUCUGAUUUCGAUACUGAAUCCUUGAACGCUGCAUCCAUAAAGUCCACCCGCUCCUACGCCUCCCUCACCCUCCAACACAUCCAAGAAAAUGGCCGGCGCUACGCCAACGAAGCCUACUUCAUGCCUAACGACGAACCAGAAUUAACCCGCCUCAACAUCGUCCACCAGAUCUACCUAAUACUUCUCGACAACGCUCUGACAGCCGCGCCCCUCCCCCCGUCACCAACUCCAGCACGCAUCCUAGACAUCGGCACCGGCCCAGGCGACUGGGCCAUUGAAAUGAGCGCCGCUUACCCAACAGCCACAAUAAUCGCCUCCGACCUAACAGUCUUCGACUCCGGACUCGGCCACCUCGCCCUCCCAAACGUGGACUUCCAACUCGCCGACGCGCGCACAGAAUGGACAUACCACCAACCAUUCGAUCUAAUCCAUCUCCGCGGGCUAUCAGGCGCAUUCCAAGAUUGGAACGCGAUAUAUGCACAAGCCUUUACGCAUUGCAAACCGGGUGGAUACAUCGAAAUCGCAGACGCCGAUCCAGCGGCAGACACGAUUGCUUUCUCCCCAUUAAACCGCCCCGGUAGUGAAGCCGAAGUACCCGCGCUGCACAAAUACACCGCCGCACUGCGUGCCGCGGCCGAAGCUGCAGGAUACCCGCGCGAUCUGGCACAUCUCAACACGGACGCAUUGGCCGCGUCGGGAUUCGUGGACGUGCGUGUCCUAGAACGGACGAUACCAAUCGGUCUAUGGCCGGAGGACGUCGCGGAGAAAACUCUCGGCAAGAUGACGCUUAUUGCGCUGUUGGAGGGGCUAGAGGGUCAUGCAUUGCGGCCGUUAACUGUGCAUGGGGGGUAUACUGUUGACGGGGUGAGGGAGUUGUGUGAGGCUGUGAGGGGAGAGCUUUUGGGGGUUGAGGGGUUGACGACGAAAGUGAGAAUUGUCACAGGGAGGAAGCCUGUUUCUUUUGCGCAGAAGAGGGUGGAUUUACUCGCGAAGGUUAUGGCGAGGGCGAAAAUUGUACAGGAGGAGGUAGAAAGGGGGGAGGAGGGGGGUGUGAAUAGCUGAGGUAUGGUUGGGGUAUGAUAUAUAGGAGUUUAAAAGAGUUUUAGCGUUUAUGGGGGCUGUACAUAAAAUCGGGAACCAUAAACAGAUUACUAUACCCGUAAGUUGUUACCGAAUCUCAAAAAAAUCUUUGUUGAUC